UUAAAAUGUAUUAAACUGUCUAGAAGGCGUUUCCGCUCCUGGCUUGGUGUACUUCCGCUUGUUGCGGAUCCGGAACGCCUCUCGAAAACGUCUAGAAAGUUGUUUUUAAUACGUAAUUAUCUUUCCGUAAUCUGCUUUUAACCCAUUUCUUGGGGAGCACUGAGCUGCCACUCGGGGAGCAUACAUACUAACACGCUCAGGGACCUGGUGUGGCAGUAUGGGAUUAGAACCGGAGACCUUGCAGCCUUCCCAGGAAGCAAACGCAUCGCUUUAACCACUAGGACGUGAGGUCUGUAACCUCUAAAUAUUUCUGGGCUAUUUUGCUGCACAGAAAGUAACUCACAUUCAUUAGUAAUCUGGACUAUUAGCCUCCGGGGAGCUAACGCUGCUAACAACAGAGACGUAAUCAGUGUUUAUUACGUUGGAAGCUUUUUUAUGGUUCAGAGCUACAAGACGAGCCCAGACUCCGAGUUAAUCAGAAUGUGUGAGGAAGACUCCAUCCUCUGUGGACACCUCCUCUAACCUUGUUGUCCAGCUGAGGACCGAGAGACUGGGGACAGUUCCAGAGAGGACACAGAGCUGCUGACCAAGAUGCUGAUUUGUGUCUGAUUCCAGUUUCAAGCAGCAGAAAAUCAGAAAAUACAGGUUAAAUGACUGAAACCUUGAUCUACCAGAACAGGUGAAGGUUCCUGACCAGGAUUGUGAAAAGGAGAAUCCCAGGUUUACAGAGGAUGUCUGAGAUGAUGAAGGUUGAAGCAGAGGAGCCUGGACUAUGUCUGGCGUCCUCCAUACCUGCAGCGUCCUCAUCAGAACUGGAGCAGAAACAAGACAACAAAGAUCCCAUCCAUCAGGUUUUGGUGAUAAAAGAAGAGGUUCCCCAUGACUGGAGCUCCAGUUUGGACCAACUGGAAACAGAAACCUCCCACAUAAAGGAUGAAGAGCAGGAACAGUGGAUCAGUCAGGAGGAAGAGCAGCGUACUGUGAAGAUUGAAGAUGAAGAGAAACCUCAGUUAUCAGAGCUUCAUCACUUAAAAUCUGAACACAGAGAGAUAGAAGCUCCAACCACCAGCAGCUCAACUGAACAGAAGGAAACAGAACCUGACAGAAAGGACCGGGGAGGACCAAAACCAGGCAGGAAAUUAGUUUCAGUACGUGUUUCUAAUCAACCCAAGUUGAUUGCUCCAAAAAUAUGUAAACCAUAUGAACUGUGUUCCGCAGUUACAUCUCAGAUUGGAGUAAAAACUAAAGAGAAACCAUUCGGUUGCACUGUUUGUGACAAAAGAUUUAAACGUAAGCAUUCCGUCAAAGUACACAUGAUGGUUCACACUGGAAAUGUGAAACAUAUUUGUGAUCUUUGUGGUAAAACAUUUAGAGUAAAGAUUUCCCUUCAGACACAUAUGAGAGUGCACAAUGGAGAAAAACCAUUUGCUUGUGAUAUUUGCUCUAAAAGGUUUUAUGCAAAGGCAUAUCUUAAACUUCACAUGAAACUCCAUUCUGUAGAAACCCCUUUUUCCUGUGAUGUUUGUGGUUCACAAUUUAAGCUUAAGAAAAGGCUUGAUGAACACAUGAGGAAACACAAAGGAGAGAAACCAUAUUUUUGUCAUGUUUGCAGUAAAGCAUUUGCAGUAAAAGAUCAUUUAAAGAAUCAUAUGCGUGUUCACACAGGGGAAAAACCAUUUACAUGUCUUGUUUGUGGUAAAACAUUUACCCAAUCUGGAGGACUAAAAAAGCACAUAGCUGUUCACGCCAAACAGUUUAGUUGUAGUGAGUGUGGCAAAUGUUUUGUAAAGCGAAUAUCAUUGGAACGACACAUGAGACUUCACUCUGAGGAGAGGCCAUUUGGUUGUGAUGUCUGUAAAAGCAGAUUUAAACACAAGUGUCACCUUGAAAUCCACAUGAAAAUCCAUUCAGGGGAGUAACCAUCGCUGUGUAGUGUUUCCUGUGAAGCAUUUGCACAACAUGGAGUUCUGCCGAAACAUAUAAAUUCAAUUCAGUUUUAUUUAUAUAGCACCAGUUCACAACACAUGUCAUCGCAGGGCACUUUACAACGUCAAAUUAAAUCGAAUCACACAGAUUGGUCAAAAAGUUUCCUAUCUAAGUAAAUCCAGCAGAUUGCAUCGGGCCUAAGACAAGCGGCAUUCACGCCUCUUGAAAGAGCGUAGAGCCACUGUGUACAAUUGAAAGAUUUUAUCUUGUCUGUAAUAAUUUUGCUCUAAUUUAAAAUAAAUGAGUAAAUUUCCAUCUGCACGAAACAAAUCUUUUUUUAAAUGGGGUGGGGGAAGGGGGACUGCACACAAUCAGUACAUGGGCAGCACUUUGAACAUGCCUGAUUUAAAUGGUCAUGAAGGAUGCUACUAAUAAUUAUGACAAUAGGCCAGGGCUGAGCAAUAUAACAAAAAAUCAGUAUUUUUGAGUAUAAAAUUAUGAUUUAAUUUUUGAUAUACUUAAUCAAGUUUGCACCAUUUUGCCGGGUUGUGUCAAGCACAUCAGACAUGUAAGAAAUAUGAUGCCAGUCGUUAGACAUGAAGCUAGUUGUUAUAUUUUCCAUCAAUCCAUCACACACUCAGCAACAUGCUCAUAAUGUCUUUUGUAUGAAACCGUAUCUGUCAAGUGUCCUGAUGCAUCAUAAUAAUCCAGGUAGAAAAAAAACAAACUACUCUGAUCUAGCUGCUGAAAAGAGAUCCAGAAAUCCAGGAGCCUGCUAUUGCCUGUAUUCUGUACCACAGACUGUCGGAGGCCACCCCGAGUCUAUAUGGUUUAACUAAAAUUCACAAACUAGAUGACAUACCUGUAAGCCCAUCUUUAGCAUAAUUAGGCGACUGCCAUGCAAAUGCAUGGGCAGUGCCUAUUACUAUGCACCUAAUAAGGGUUUUCACGGAUAAUACAGCCCGAACU